AUGGCUACUCAAGCACCCAACCAGCCGCGCGCGUACAACGCUCCUUUCCUGCCGAACGGUGGCCCAGCCGCCGGCCCUACGCCUGGCAACUUAAGAUCUCUGAACGAGCUCGCCGACCAGGCGAGAGCUGACGCUAUCAUCCACACUGGCGACUUCGGAUUCUACGACGACCGCUCGCUAGAUCGCAUUGCCGAGAAGACGCUCCGCCAUGUCGCCCAGUACUCGCCGCUCCUCUCGCAAGCCGUGAAGAACUCGAUCGCGCAAGCACCCCCGCAACCGCCUCUUAGGGAACGUUACGUCCGCGAAGGCCUGAAGCUCUCGGAACUUCCGGACUUCCUCAACGGCACCUACAACCUGAAGGUGCCCGUCUACACGGUCUGGGGUGCAUGCGAGGAUGUUCAGGUUUUGGAGAAGCUACGCUCGGGAGAGUACAAGAUCAACAACCUUCACAUCAUCGAUGAAGCACACUCCCGUCUGGUUGAGGCCGGCGGUAUCAAGCUUCGCCUGCUUGGUCUGGGUGGUGCGGUUGUCAUGCAUAAGCUGUUUGACAAUGGUGAGGGAAGGACGACCAUUGCCGGAGGCCAAGGCACCAUGUGGACGACAUUGUUGCAGAUGGGUGAGCUGGUCGACACGGCCAACCGCGUCUACGACCCCACGGAAACCCGCAUUUUCGUCACGCACGCCUCACCCGCUCGCGAGGGUCUUCUCAACCAGCUUUCCGUGACUUUGAAGGCGGACUUCUCCAUCUCCGCCGGCCUGCACUUCCGUUACGGUAGCUCUUACAACGAGUUCAGCGUGAACCCGACCUUGGACCACUACCGCGGCAAGCUUGCGGCCUCCCGUGCGUCGUUCAACGAUGUCUGGGAGACUGUCAAGACCGAGGUGGAGCCGGCCGUUGCGGAGAACCAAAGCCAGCAGCAGCUACUGAAGCUGGCUCUGGACAUUGUUGAGAAGAUGCCCACCAUCGCCAACGGCGGAAACCCAUUCGGAGGCCAUGUCGGACCCGCGACGGGCCAAAUCGACGAGAGCGCAUUCAAGAACAUGUGGAACUUCAACCUGGCGGACGCUGCUUACGGUUGGUUGGUUCUGGACAUUGACCAGGGAAGGAUCGGUACCGAAAUGCGCGCCCAGGGCUUCAACUUCGCUCACCGCGGUGGAAAGGUUCCGCCGCAGGCACAGGCGGCUGGCGCAAAUGCCGCACCCGCUCAGGCUCCCACUGGUCCUCAGCAGUCUCGUCCGGCUGCUGGCACUCCGGCGCAAUCGCAACAGCCUAAGCCUGCACCCCAGCCCACUCGCUCGCCUGCUCCGGCUGUACCGAAUAUGCCAAUCAAGCCCGCUACCCCGAAGCCUGCCGCCACUCCCAGCGCUGCCGGUACUCCGGCCGUUGGCAAUGCGGAGAAGCCUGCCGAGACCAAGCCCAACGGAACCUCUGGCCAAGACAAGCCUACUGAGCUGGCUGGACCCAAGCCGGACGCCGGAAAUGCGCGCCCUCAGAUCCAUGGUCUUUUCAUCACUAACGCUGGAUCCGAAGACGACGCAAAGGCCUUGUUUGCCGCGGAGGACAAGGACAAGAUUCAGCGCAUUGACAAGGGCAAGAACCCCGCUGGUGGCAUGACGGCUCACUUCGACCCCGCCGAAGACCUCCAGGCGAUCCUGAACAGGAUGGAUCCUGAGUACACCAGUGGUAAGCAAGGCAAGCCGUACGUUAGGGUUUACAAGCCCCGUGGCGGACUUGGCUGGGGAAGCACUCGCGGUGGUGCACAGGGCAGCGGAUACCGCAGCGGCGGAGCCAGCGACAGCGAAGGUGGCCGUGGCCGUGGCGGAUUCCGCGGCGGACGUGGUGGCAGGGGAGGCGAGAGAGGCCGCGGUCGUGGCCGUGGCGGAUUCAAGGAGGGUGGCGCACCCGGCGGCGGCGAUUCGUGA